AUGGAUGGAUAUUUUGUUGAAGGAACAAUUGAUCGGGAAAAAAAGAAAAGAAAUGAUAAAAUAAUAUCAAACAAAUUGGUUUACAAGAAUGAAGAAACUUCUUGCUAUUUUAGACAAGAUAGUAAACAGGUCAUACAUCAGACUCUACGAGAUGAAAAUUAUACGAAAAGUGAAAAUGAAAACAUGGAGGAAAAUGAUAACUAUAGGGCAGACGACAUCACAAAAAACAUAAACUGUCAUGAUGGAUGCAAUGCAGUGAUAGAAAAUGAAUGGUGUGGUGAUUGCCACAGGGAUGAUGACACUUGUGCAUCGUCCAUUGGUCAAAGCGUAGAUAUUAUAAAUUCCAGUAUUAGGAAAAUAAAAAAAAAUUUAAAUGAUAUAAAAGAGGUUAUUAACAUAGAUAUAGGUUCAGAUGCAGGUUCAGAUGUAGGUUCAAGUGCAGGUUCAAGUGCAGGUUCAGAUGUAGGUUCAAGUGCAGGUUCAGAUGUAGCUGGUUCGCAUUUACACUCGUGCGGGAAAACGCUUUCAAAUAAGACACGAAGUAACGAUAGCAGCAUGGUCAGAACGUUUGAAGAUUUGAAAGGAGACGACAGUGAUGAAAGCGAGAACAGAAAAAGAAGUAAACAAAUAGAAAUGUUAUUAAACACUGCGAUAAAUACAAAAAUGGAGAAAAAAAAAAUUGGAACGUUAGACAUUAUUGAUGAAUGCAUAACUAUAGGAAAUGCUUACAAUUUUAAAAAGGAGAAUCAUGAUGAAAAAGAUGCAUACUCAUCUCCAUUCAUUGUAGAUGGGGUUCCUCGUGGAGUAAGCUACGCACAGAGUAUAGACAUGUGUGAUAUUUCAAACUUAGAUGAAUUUUUGAAAGAAAAUAAUGUUUCUAUGGAAAAUAUAUUCUAUGGUUCAAAAGUGGCUUCCAUAUAUUCAGAAAACGUAGAAAUAGAAGAUUCUCACAGGGGUACCAAUCUGAGCAAAGAUACAAGCGAUUCUUCAUCCAUUACACAAGGGUGUUCCCAAGGGGUCUCACCCAUCAACCCAUUAGAUGGAAAGGCUUGUACAGAAAAAGAAGGAUUGUCGAAGAGUGGAUUAAUGGUGGAGACUGAGGUGUCGUCACCUAUCGAAGUUGAGGACUUAAAGGAUUCACACCCAGUUAACGGGGCAGUUAAAUAUGAUACUUUAACGGGAACGCAAAGCAGUGUAAUGAGGCGCGACUAUGUAGUGAAACGUGAGUGUGUAAUGAAGCGCGAGUGUGCAGUGGGGCCUUGCCUACAACAUGUUAAGGAUACUAUCAAAUAUGACAAAGACAAAUUAACAUAUCCCAUAAAACUUUUUUUUAAGGAACAAAAAAAAUUAACGGCACUUUUAAAAAAAAAAAAGAAAUUCAUCUACUUUUUUCUGCAUGCGUGUUUCUUUUUUUCUUACAUUUUUUUUUGCUUUUCCUUUAUUUUUUUUAAGCGUAUUUUUUAUGGUAUGUUUUACGACCAGGAUUUGUGA